AUGUCAGGACAAGAGGAGAAUAAAGUAAAUUCUUCUGACGUAAGAAAGGAUAGAGUUGUGACGAACUCUACUGGUAAUCCCAUCAAUGAGCCAUUUGUCACCCAGCGUGUUGGGGAGCACGGGCCUUUGCUUUUACAAGAUUAUAACCUACUCGAUUCUUUGGCGCAUUUUAACAGGGAGAAUAUUCCUCAAAGAAAUCCUCACGCCCACGGUUCUGGGGCCUUCGGUUAUUUUGAAGUGACAGACGAUAUUACAGAUGUUUGUGGGUCUGCCAUGUUUAGCAAGAUCGGUAAGAGAACGAAGUGUCUGACAAGAUUCUCCACUGUGGGUGGUGAUAAAGGUAGUGCCGAUACUGUUCGUGACCCAAGAGGGUUUGCAACUAAAUUCUACACAGAAGAAGGUAAUUUGGAUUGGGUCUACAACAAUACACCUGUAUUUUUUAUCAGGGAUCCUUCGAAAUUCCCCCAUUUUAUCCACACGCAGAAGAGAAACCCGCAAACUAAUCUAAGAGACGCUGAUAUGUUUUGGGAUUUCCUUACGACUCCAGAGAAUCAAGUGGCCAUCCAUCAAGUCAUGAUUCUCUUUUCAGACCGUGGUACUCCUGCGAGCUAUCGUAACAUGCACGGAUAUUCUGGUCAUACUUAUAAAUGGUCAAGUAAAAACGGCGAUUGGCGUUAUGUGCAAGUCCAUAUUAAAACCAAUCAAGGGGUCAAGAAUUUGACUAUAGACGAAGCCACUAAAAUCGCAGGGUCCAACCCAGAUUACUGCCAAAAAGACUUGUUUGAAUCUAUCCAAAGCGGUAACUAUCCAUCGUGGACUGUUUAUAUUCAAACAAUGACUGAACAGGAGGCCAAGAAUUUACCAUUUUCGGUCUUUGACUUGACCAAGGUAUGGCCUCAAAAGCAAUUCCCAUUACGUCGUGUAGGCAAACUUGUUUUGAAUGAAAAUCCACUGAAUUUCUUCGCACAAGUGGAACAAGCAGCGUUUGCCCCUAGUACUACUGUCCCAUACCAAGAAGCCAGUGCUGAUCCGGUGCUACAAGCUCGAUUAUUUUCUUAUGCAGAUGCUCACAGAUACAGACUGGGCCCCAAUUUCCAUCAAAUACCCGUCAACUGUCCCUAUGCCUCCAAGUUUUUUAACCCUGCCAUCAGAGAUGGCCCAAUGAACGUAAAUGGAAAUUUUGGUUCAGAACCUACCUAUUUAGCCAACGACAAAUCAUACUCGUAUAUUCAGCAAGAAAGACCUAUUCAACAACAUCAAGAAGUAUGGAACGGACCCGCUAUCCCUUACCACUGGGCAACAUCUCCAGGUGAUGUCGAUUAUGUUCAAGCUAGGAAUUUGUACCGCGUCUUAGGGAAGCAACCUGGACAACAAAAGAACCUAGCUCACAACAUCGGUAUCCAUGUAGAGGGCGCCUGCCCUGGAAUCCAGCAACGGGUUUACGAUAUGUUUGCCCGCGUAGAUAAGGGACUAUCUGAUGCGAUCAAGAAAGAAGCAGAGGCAAAACACGCUGCUGAACUUUCAAAUAACUCUAAGUUUUGA